GAGAUGGCGGAUAAAUAUCAUCCCACUGCGAAACAGCUCUCCUUCCUCAUCCUGCAAAUUGCUCGCCACCUUCUCUCUCAUCCACUUUCUCUCUCUAAAACCAUCAUAUAAAGUCCCCUGGAUCUCCGUGAACUUACAUACUCAAGAAACCGUAUUAUCAAGGACUCAUCUUUCUCGUGACUCCAAUCUCAAACCUUCUCACUUUUUUCUCAAGUGUCCCAUCUCACUGAUUGAUCAAUAUAUAUAUAUAUAUAUAUAUAUAUAUAUAUAUAAGCGGCGAAAUCUAUAUAUAUAUACACACAUAUAUACAUAUACACAUUUACAAUCGAUUCACAUUCAUAUUCAACUUUAUAUACAUAUAUAUACACGCAUAUAUAGUCGAUUCAUAUUCAUGUUAAAACAAUCAAUUAAUUUACAGAUUUUGUGGCUAAUUCGAAGAUUUGGGUCUUCAAUGUCGAAUCAUUGAAGAUUCAAAGACGUGUUCUGUUCGUUGGUUAAUUGAUUGAUUUGAUCGAUUGUGGUGGUGAUGACUGGGAGGGGACGAAGAGAGGAUGAGAAGAAUGGGGUGAAAGUGGAUGAAGAAUAUGAAGUUGGGGAUCUCAGAGAGCGAAUCCAAUCGUCGCGUGGAAGCCGAUUCGCUUUGCUCACGAACGAGUUCGGACUCAGAUCGACUCCGAGGAAAUUCAGCACAGAAAAUGUGAUCAAUGGCUUCAAAGGCCUGGUCAUGCGUCCUGACAACAGAUGGUAUCGGGCAUGGACGAAAUUCAUACUGAUAUGGGCAGUGUACUCAUCUUUCUUUACACCCAUGGAGUUUGGGUUCUUCAGGGGAUUGCCCAAGCACCUUUUCGUAUUGGACAUCGUAGGACAAUUGGCUUUUCUUGUUGACAUUGUCAUACAAUUCUUUGUCGCCUACAGAGAUAGUCAGACCUAUCGAAUGGUCUAUAAGCGAACCCCAAUUGCUCUUCGGUACUUGAAAUCUAGCUUCAUCCCUGAUCUUCUUGCCUGUUUGCCUUGGGAUAUCAUUUAUAAGGCAUCUGGAAGAAAAGAAGAGGUGAGGUACCUUCUAUGGCUUAGGUUGACUCGGGUGCGCAAAGUCAUUCAUUUUUUCCAGACGUUGGAGAAAGAUACACGUAUCAAUUAUCUGUUUACCCGAAUUGUAAAACUUAUUGCUGUAGAACUCUAUUGUACACAUACAGCAGCCUGCAUAUUUUACCAUCUGGCUACCACUCUGCCCCCUGAAGAAGAAGAGUACACAUGGAUUGGGAGUUUACAAUUGGGUGACUAUAGUUAUUCACAUUUUAGAGAGAUUGAUAUCUGGAAGCGGUACAUAACGUCUCUGUACUUCGCAAUUGUCACUAUGGCAACUGUUGGUUAUGGGGAUAUACAUGCGGUCAAUCUGAGGGAAAUGAUAUUCGUUAUGAUUUACGUCUCUUUUGACAUGAUUAUUGGUGCUUACUUAAUCGGAAACAUGACAGCGUUAAUUGUGAAAGGAUCAAAAACAGAAAAGUUUAGAGAUAAAAUGACUGAUCUCAUUAAAUAUAUGAACAGAAAUAGACUGGAGAGGGACAUACGUGAACAGAUCAAAGGUCACGUGCGGUUACAGUAUGAGAGCAGCUUUACUGAGGCUGAUGCUCUUCAGGAUAUCCCAAUCUCCAUUCGUGCUAAGGUUUCCCAAUCUUUAUACAAGUCAUACAUUGAAAAUAUUUCUCUUUUCAAGGGAUGCUCUUCUGAAUUCAUCAACCAAAUUGUAAUCAGAGUCCAUGAGGAGUUUUUUCUUCCAGGAGAAGUGAUACUGGAACAUGGAAAUGUGGUGGAUCAACUAUAUUUUGUCUGUCAUGGUAGGCUGGAGGAGAUUGUUAUUGGGGAAGAAGGAUCGGAAGAGAUUGUUUCCCUUCUGGAACCUAAUAGCUCAUUUGGAGAAAUUUCUAUUCUUUGCAACAUUCCUCAACCCUAUACAGUUCAAGUUAGUGAUCUAUGUAGGCUUCUGCGGAUUGAUAAACAAUCUUUCUCAAGUAUACUUGAGAUUUAUUUUCAUGAUGGUAGAAAAAUCUUGAACAACCUACUAGAGGGAAAAGAAACUAGUCUUCGCAUGAAGCAACUGGAGUCGGAUAUCACAUUUCAUAUUGGAAGGCAGGAAGCUGAACUUGCUUUGAGGGUGAACAGUGCAGCUUAUCAUGGAGAUCUUCAUCAUCUUAAAAGUUUGAUUCGAGCUGGAGCUGAUCCCAACAAGACAGAUUAUGACGGACGAUCAUCACUGCAUCUUGCUGCAUCCAGAGGAUAUGAAGAUAUUACACAUUUUCUUAUUCAAGAAGGUGUAGAUAUAAACAUUUCAGAUAGUUUUGGAAACACACCCUUAUUAGAAGCCAUCAAGAAUGGACACGAUCGAGUUAUUUCAGUACUUGUUAACAAAGGGGCUUCACUAAAGAUGGAAGAUCCUGGUAGUUUCUUAUGUAAGGCAGUUGCGAGGGGGGACUCAGAUUUUCUCAAAAGGGUGUUAUCUAAUGGCAUUGAUCCAAAUUCCAAAGACUAUGAUCACCGAACUCCUCUACAUGUAGCUGCCUCGGAAGGACUAUAUUUGAUGGGAAAGUUGCUUUUGGAAGCCGGAGCUAGUGUUUUCCUAAAGGACAGAUGGGGAAACACUCCACUUGAUGAAGGGCGAAUGUGCGGAAACAAGAAUAUGAUCAAGCUUCUGGAAGACGCAAAAUCUGAUCAAAUGUCCGAAUUCCCUGACUGCUCUGAAGUUGUGUCAGAUAAAACGAACCCGAUGAAAUGCACCGUGUUCCCUUUCAACCCUUGGGAUUCAAAGGAUCAGAAAAGACCUGGCAUUGUGUUAUGGGUGCCACACAGCGUCGAAGAGCUGAUCAAAACAGCAGCCGAGCAGCUAAACUUUCCUAGCGGUUCUUGUAUAUUAUCAGAAGAUGCAGGUAAAAUUGUCGACGUGGAUAUGAUAAGCGAUGGUCAGAAAUUGUAUUUAAUCAACGAAACACAAUAGAUAUGAUGAUGCCUACUGUAAAAUGUCAUCCUUGUAGCUCAGACUUUGUAUUAUCUUUAUAUCGAGUUUAAGAUGUAUGUAUAUAUUUCAGCAUGUUUUUCCCUGCUGCAUUUCUCAGAUCAUACGAAAUGUUGAACAAAUAAAUUAAGUGUUUAUGAUGAUCACACUCUAAUGUUGGAGGAGUGAGUUUGUUCAAA